AUGCGCUGUUCCGGCGUCUGGCUUUUGAAGGGGGGGGGAGAGAGAGAGAGGGUAGUGUAAGGAAGGGAGGGAAGAGGGAGGGGGCGGGUAUUUUGCUGCGUCACCGCCCGCUUGGAAGCCGCCGUUGCCUGAGAGGGAGCGAGGAGGCAGAGCGGCGGGAGGAGGCGAGGGGGGGGGGAGAGGGAGAGCGCGAGAGCGCGCGCGCGCAGUGCUUUGUGGGUAGCAGGCCUGAGCCUUUGAGCCCUGAGAAGGAGUCCCGGCCGCCGCCGCCGCCGCCACAGCCGCCUCCUCACCUUCGCCCGAGGGUCUUCCCACCCCGACGCCGCUGGUUUCUGGCCGAGCCCUUCGGAGAGACGGAGAGGAGGAAGAGGACACGCGCUGCCGCCGCCGCCAACGCCGUCCGCCAUGUGAGUGAGUGAGGCGGGGCGGGCUGAGCUAAUCUGUUGCUGGGCCGGAGGAGGGUCGGGAGGGAUUGGGGUCAGAUGGAGGCAGAUCAGCCGGGACGGAGCUCCCGAGGAAAGGGAGGAAAUACGGCAUUCUCUCCCGCUCCCCUUCGAUGGUAUUUAAGGAAGGAGCGGGGGCAGAAAGCAGCCCCAGACGCGGGGCUUAACCUGCGCCAGCGCCCAGCCCACGCCUCUCGGCGCCCUUCCGGAGAAAGAGCUGAGGGGGAAAGCGCCCCUGAGCAGGUGCAGAGUGCGCUCGCCUCGCCGCCGCGCUUCGCGCAGGAAGGUUCCCAGGGUCACGAGGGCGGCCUUUCCCGGGCACAGCCGUUCAUUUUAUACUCUGCACGUUUCCCUGUAGAGUUGAAGCGCUGCCCAGGCGUCCCCCUGGCGGGCCCGGCGCUGGGAAGGUGGGAAAAUGGGUGGUUAUUGUGCGGCAUCCGGAAUUAGGAGGCGGAAGCAUGUGCGAGGCAAUGCCGGGAGGAAAAUGGAUGCUCGUUCAGGUCGGGGUUGGAGCUAGAAGUUGACUUUCAUUUUUGGAAGGGCUGUGAGGUGGCUUAUUUUUUUUAGGUGCUAGGAGCAUAGCUGUCAACCUUUCCCCUUUUUUUAAGGGAAAUCCUAUUCGGAAUAAGGGAAUUUCCCUUUAAAAACGGGAAACGUUGACAGCUAUGGCUAGGAGAGGCAAGGGCGUAAAGGAAGUUAGGCAGCAAGAUUUGAGAGGGAAAGAAAUAGCGCAUCAUGUGAGACCCGGAGCUGGAUGCAGUGGGUUGUGAGCUCUGGGACAUAAUGCAUGUGGUUAGGGCUGGAAUGUUGUAAUAUGACUCGCUUAACCCUGUACACUAAAGAAGAUAGCCGUCAUUGGGGAAUAGGCAUAGGAAGAGGGCAGGCAGGGCUUGGGAAAGGAAGUAAAGCUGGCAUAAAUAAUGGGACUGUAACAUACCUAGCGAGAUGUUUCACCGGAGGAAUAGUGAAAUGAGAAGUGUGUGGGCAAAUCGUUUGCAACUGUUCCAUUGCAGAGAGAGAGAGCUGAGAUUGUACAGCCACAUGAGUAAAAGGCAGAAGAAGUGCUUUUGCAGGCAGUAAUAUGCUACAUCUGUAACUUUAAAAAAGAUAAUUUGUAGUGUUAAUUAUCUUAUAGUAACUUUUGAACCCUCUGAGUUUGGGACCUUAUGUCUUUUCCAGGGCUGUCUGAUGUCGAGAGGCAUGCAGAGGGCUUACACAUGCACUGUGCCCUAACCACCUCAAGCAAGAAUAAUUUCUGUUCUGUUAGGGCGAAGUCAUAAACACCUGUUAUUUCCAGUCAGGCUUACGAAUGCCUAUUUUCCUUCUCUUUCUAAAAAUGGAGGGUACUACUGACCUUGCUAGGUGCUCUCCAGCUUUGAGGAUAUCUUUUUUUAAAAAAAGGUCUGGAAUGACAAACUUUGUUCCAGUAUGGAGAGUGGUCUCCUGUUGGGCAUAGAGAAGCUGCUGUCCUAUCUCAUUGUGGUUUGGGAAGAGCUACUGCCUUGUUUUAAUUAUGAUUUCCUAGCAUCAUUACCUAGGAAGGUUCAGAGAUGUCCUGUUGUGCUUCUCAUGUAAUACCCCAUGGGUUAGUUGAAUUUGUGCCCCUGACCCACAGAUCCUUGUAUAGUGUGCAAAAUAUAGUAUGAUUGCAUCUUGCAUACUUGUGCAUUUUCAACUGUACAUGGUUGAAAGUCAGCCAGUUGAAAUCCAGCAAAUUACAUGCAAGGCAGAGAGGUUAAAAGUUCCUUUUGCAAUGAGUUUUCCCCUUGGUUUUGGGUAUGUGUUUUUGCAUAUAUGUGCCAUCCCUGGAAUGUAACCCCCAUGCAAGUCACACUUGUACUGUAAAACCUUGUGCGAACGUUUCUAUACACAACUAUAGAGCAGAUUGUUGAUGCUUAGAGGUGGGUAGUUCAGACAGUGAAGAUUAGAAGGCAGAGGGGCCAAACCAAAAGGCUUGAGAAACACUAUUCUAGGUAAAAUGAAUUGUAAAUGAAAGGUGAAGAAACAGGUAAAACAUGUUGCCUGAAAGCUGUUAAUGAAAUAAAAUGUUAUUUGAUAUGCAAACACGUGCACUUAUAACUCCACUCAAGAGUCUUGCAACAACAAAAGGUGGAUCUGGAGGAAGGAAGGAACUGAGACAUUUUGCCUGUGCUCAUUAUUGGUACCAUGACCAAAUUGCUUCUAAUUUUGUCUUGAGUGAAGAAGUUAAAGUGGUCUAGAAGGAAGACAGAAUCUAAUGACUGGUGAAAUGGCCUUGCUAACAGUGACUCAGUUCAGAGGUAAUGACAAAUAAUAGACAACUUUUUGCCAGAACCUUGGGCCUGUUCAAACAUGUUCCCAGUUUGGUCAAGCAAUAGUUUGUGCAAGCAAUCUGAAAUGUGCAAACUGUGUUUUGCUUCCAAAUCAGAAUUGGAAGCCCACUUCAGACUCUGGUUUUCAAUUCCAGUAUUUAGGCAAUUGAUGCCUUUUGCAAGCAGCCAUUUGCAGGAUACAUAUAUACCUGUAAACAAUGGUUUAACCAAGGGAGCAAGGAUGGAAAUUCAAGCAUUUAGGAAGGCGUAUGCAUACUUGAGGCUAAGAUCGAAAUGCCCAAACCAUGAUCUUCUCUUAUGUAAGAAUUGAGUCGUUGUCGCCAGAGAAUGCCCAUCUGCAAGUCUUUAGACAAACUUGUUCAGCCAUUAUCAAGCAAUAUGUCAUUAUGCAUCCAGAAAAGUAGGCUUUGUUUUUUUAACCUUACUGAAGCUAUAGUUGUAAUAUAGAAUUGCAGCAGUUAUUCCUCCUCCCACUUUCUCUAUAUUACUAAACAGCCCCUCUAAAGGUAAGUCAACCUCCUACAUAGUUGAUGCUGAUUGAAAUCGCCAACAUGUUCAUGUAGGACUUGGAUCCAGAGUCCUUAAUUGAAAGCAAAUGAAAUAAUUAGCUGUGUUGACAGAAAUACAUACGUUGAGAGACAGUAUGAGAAUGGGAUGCUCUUAGCAGGCAUGCAUCUAUUUGUCACUUUAAAUACACUGGUUAUGGGUCCACAAACAGUCGCCCCCCAAAUAACUGCUUAAGCAUUCUGGAAUAUGGCCUCUAGUUCCCUAACACUGAUUCAGUUUAAAUGUUACCCAUGGUUCUGUUCAAAUGAAACAUGCAUCUUCCUCCCCCCCCCCCCUUUUUGAUCUAUUUUAAUAUCUGUCAGGUAGGAUCAGAAUACACAUUAAAAAGCAAAUUGAAAUGGUUCUUCUGUGUAAAGGAAACAGAGUGGCAAAUAAGGCAAGUGAGGACAUGUGUAUACAAAAGGAACUUCCAUCACAUUGUAGUGUGACCAAUUUUAAGAACAUAUGGCAGCAAGGGGCAGGUCUGAGUGCUUUCAAGUUCUAAAGAACAAAAUUAACUGACAGUGGUCAAUGAAGCUAUGGGGAAGAAGGAAACUGCUUCUCUCCCUCAGAGUGUAUUCUGCACUGCAAUGCUGUCAUUGUGUAAAACCAUUUUAAUUUGUCCUAUGCUGUAUAAGUGAAUAACUGCCAUUUACUAUUGUGUAAAAAAAAACCAAAGCAAUACAUUUGGAGCCAUGGUUGUGGUGAAGGAAAAACCUGUCUCUACUGCUGACAUUGGAUAGCCCAACCUCCACUAAGUGGGACCAAGUGGGGAGAGAUAGAACAGGUCUGUGUAUGCAGAGCACACACUUGUUUUAUAUCUCAUAAGAAAUCCUUGCUAUAGUGUAUAGACACUCUCUGCUCAUCAUUAUUGACAUUUUGCUAGCUCUGAAGAGCUGCCAAGAGGUUGCUUGGGAAGGAACUGCUCUUCUACAGCAGGAAAAAAAAAAUCAUCCACAAACCCUGAUUUACCAGUACUAUGCUGUUUCCCUUUGCUUCUUGAAAGUAAUGAAUAUUCCUAGCAACUUCCAAGGGUAGAAAAUAGCCAGCACAAGAAGGUAGUGGGACAGGCAGUUUUAAAUGCAACAAGGGCUGAGAUGAGGCUUCAGCUCUUAGCAACAGAAGCACAUUCAGGUAAGUAUCUGUUACCCCUAGUAAAUGAUACACAACAGGCUUUGUUGAGUGGGUGGGAAUGAAGCUGCUAUGUGGCUACAUAAUACUCAGUGUUUUGUGAUAUGAUGUGCAAUCAAGGUAUCAAAAGUGUGUGUGUGUUUUUGUGAGAGGGGGGAGUGUGCAUGGAGUCUUAUGGGUUUAAGUACAAAUGUAGUGAUGCAUGUGUGAACUGAGAUAUGGUGUACAUUAGUGGUUCCCCAUUGGUGGGUUGCAGACCCCAGGGUGCCCAUGUAACCCACCCAAGGGGUCCGUGGCACCAAUCACAUAACAAAAACUACCAUAGAGAUAACAAAAUGUUCAAGUAGGGAGGGGGUCUGUGUCUUGGCUUUUGAAAACGGGGUCCACAGUACUCAUCUUACUGAGAAACACUGGUGUACAUGAUUGUGUGAUUGAGGAAAUUGAGAACAUAGAAAACUGCCUUAUAUUGAGACAGACUGCUGAUCAAUCUAUUUCAGUAUUGUUUUACUGGCUGGCAGUGGUCUUGUAGGAUUUUGGGCAGAGUCUUUCCUAGCCCUGUCUAAAGAUGCCAGAAAUUGAAUCUUGGUCCUUUGCACACAAAAGGUAUGUGCUCUACCAUUGAGUUUGGCCCUUUACGUUGUAGUUGGAACUUAUGUGGGAUGUGUGGCUGUGCAUGUAAAUGAGGAGAGAUAUGUGGACUUCAGAGUGCACAUGAUAUGUAAGGCUUUAGUAGUAAUCAUAUUUAAAAUGUAGUAAGAUGCAAGCCAAUUCUCCACCCACCUGAGGUUUAAUUGCAAGUUGUCCCCUGUCUUCUGUAAUUUGUUUUUAUUAAAGUGUGUUGUUUGUCUGAGGCCCCUCUGGGUAAAGCAACUUAUGAUUGCACUCAAAGUGAACUUACCCUAAAUCAAGAUUUAUUUUAUGGUUUGUUUUAUCUUAAAGGUUCCAGACCAAAUAUAUAAAAUUAUUGUAAACCAUGCUUAGUUUGGGGCUUUGUUUGAUCUUGCUAAAUCUAGAGCAGAUACAAAGAACUGAAAGCAAGAUCUCAAUGUUGCCAACAGAUCAUACCUUUUAAGCAUAGAGGGCACAAGCCAAAAACAUUGCUUUGUAGAGCACUGGGUGUUGAGUCUGAAUCAAAGAACUGCUCAGUACGGCACAUCAGUGCUGCUGCUGAGAUCUCAAUAUCUGCAGUUGACUAGAACUACACUUGCAUCUAGCAACAACAUCUGGAUGUUUAAGCAACAUUUGAGGAGUGAGCAUGUAGGGGAUCUGCUGGUCCCAGCCAAUGUAUGCCUCCCCAAACAUAUUAUGUUGAAUGAGAAGUUCUGAAGGAGACUUCUAACAGUGCUGAAAAGCCUCCAUGCAGUUUGAAAACCUGAAAACGCAGGGUUCCAGAUUGCACAUAUGCUUAUGUGUUCAGAUGAUCUAAAAAGAGAGCAAAAGCUUAUUUAGUCAAAUAACAUGUUGUUUAGUCGUGUCCGACUCUUCGUGACCCCAUGGACCAGAGCACGCCAGGCACUCCUGUCUUCCACUGCCUCCCACAGUUUGGUCAGACUCAUGCUGGUAUCUUCGAGAACACUGUCCAACCAUCUCGUCCUCUGUCGUCCCCUUCUCCUUGUGCCCUCAAUCUUUCCCAACAUAAGGUCUUUUCCAGGGAGUCUUCUCUUCUCAUGAGGUGGCCAAAGUAUUGGAGCCUCAGCUUCAGGAUCUGUCCUUCCAGUGAGCACUCAGGGCUGAUUUCCUUCAGAAUGGAUCGGUUUGAUCUUCUUGCAGUCCAUGGGACUCUCAAGAGUCUCCUCCAGCACCAUAAUUCAAAAGCAUCAAUUCUUUGGCGAUCAGCCUUCUAAUAACAUACUGUGUGAAUAACACCCUUUUGAUAUUACAAGCCCCUGAAACGUGUUGAGUCCAGUUUCUACUUUAAAAUGCCUUUGAGUAUCUUUAAUAAUAGCCAAAUACAGAUGUGUUAGAAAAUGGGGUUGAUAGCUGAUAAGAGCCCAUUAGCUCUGGAGUUGAACUGGUGUUCUUUUCCAUCUAAAAGUUCCAGGCCCCCUUGUAUUCACAACACACUGCAAUAAGCAGUUCUGGAUAGGAGACGGGAGAUUAUUGAGGACCAUCAGAGUAAAAUAAAAAGCUGUACAGUGGUACCUUGGUACUCAAAUGGUUUUGCUCCCGAACAAAUCGGCUCCCGAAUGCAGCCAACCCAGAAAUGAGUGUUCCAGUUUGCGAAUGUUUUUCGGAAGCUGAACAUCCAACUCGGCUUCCAAUUGAGUGCAGGAAAGCUCCUGCAGCCAAUCAGAAGCUGUGCCUUGGUUUUUGAACCGUUUGGGGAGUCGAACAAACUCCCAGAAUGGAAAACCAAGGUACCACUGUAUUUUAAUCAGAGCAUUUGGGACUAGGUACAGUGCACAGAUGUGUUGAAAAUCCAUUCAAAGAGGAAGUAAUGGUGCAAGCAUGUAUGUAGCUUUUUGGAUAGCUUACUGGUUUGAUUGCAGCAGCUAGUCUGUCAUGCUGGCUUUGCUUUUGUUUAUGUCAAGACCAUGGCAACAAAAGUUGACUGUUCUGUGGCUUCAACACACACCAUCCUGUUCAUCAGAACUUGUCAGUCUGUUACAAAUUUGAAGUUUUAUAUUUGUACUUCCAAUUCUAGGAUGUUCAAAAUAUGUGGUACUAUACUGUGCCCUGGUUCUUAGACUUAUGAGCAUUUUGGGAGUUGGUUUUGCCAUUCUCAGGCUUUUAUCCAUUGAAGUACAGUGGUACCUCAGGUUAAGUACUUAAUUCAUUCCGCGGGUUCAUUCUUAACCUGAAACGGUUCUUAACCUGAAGCACCACUUUAGCUAAUGGGGCCUCCCGCUGCCGCCGCGCCACCAAAGCAUGAUUUCUGUUCUCAUCCUGAAGCAAAGUUCUUAACCUGAAGCACUAUUUCUGGGUUAGUGGAGUCUGUAACCUGAAGCGUAUGUAACCUGAAGUGUAUGUAACCCGAGGUACCACUGUAAUGGCACAAGCGGAAUGACUUCUGCUCAUGCAACAGAACAUCCACUCCCUCUCGUACCCCUGUGUGCCCAACAGAUUUGUUUUGAGGGGAUUCCCCCCAACCCUCCAGAGCAAAUUGGGGUGGGGUUACGGGGGAGGAGAGGAAGAAGAAGAAAUUCCAGUCCGUGAGUGGAUGUCAUUUUGCUUGAGCAGUGAUUGCUGGAUUAAACCCUGUGUCUAACAGCUUAUGGUAUCCUUACUGUAGCAGCCUUUUUAAGGAAUGUUAUCAAUAUGUGAAUGACAAUGGCAGCAUGAUCAUGGAGAUCCUAGCUCUUGUAGUCAUUGGCUCCAUUUGAGUUCUGUCAUGCUGUAAACUCAACAACAUUAUCUCAUGAAGGCCUAAAUUUGUAUAAAUUGGGCUUAUGAUUGCAUGUAUUUUUUUAAUUAGGAAAUUCCAGUUAUGACUGACAAGAUUAACAAGGAUUAAAAUAUAUUCAACUGAAAUAAGAUUUAUAAUAUCAGGAAGCAAUUCUCAACCUCUGGGUCCCCAGAUGUUGUUGGACUACAACCCCCAUCAUCCCUGAGCUCUGGCCUUGCUAGUUAGGGGUGAUGGGAGUUGUAGUUCAACAACAUCUGGGAACCCACAGAUUGAGAAAGGCAUGUAAUCUUGUAGUUUAGAGACCAGCAAAGGGGGGGGGGGAGGCUACAUGGUGUUUUCCACUUGAUACAAAGUAAUCUGACAUACUUACCUUUUCAUGUCUUUUAAAAGGUGGUUCCUGUCCACUUGGAACUUAUUGGCAAUGCUUAGUUUCAUAAGGAUGGUAAUAGCAAAAAAACCCCUAGAAAUUGGGAUGCAAAUCGAGUAUUAGAGAUACAGCAGUUGGAAAAUAAUUUGUAUGAAUAAAGAAAGUGGUUACAUUCUCCUGUAAACUAUAUGGAGAAAUGAACUAGAGUCAGUGUGGUGUAACAAUUAGGUUGGGCUAUGCCCUGGGAGACCAGAAUUUGAAUCCUCACUCAGCCAUGAAGCUCACUGACUUCCCUUGUGCCAGACACUGUCUCUCAGCCUAACCUACUUCACAGGCUUGUUGUGAUGAUAGCAUGGGGAGAGGAGAACUGUGUACAUCACCCUGAGCUCCUUGGAAGAAAAAGUGGGAGAAAUAAAUACAUUAUUGAAGGCCAGCUAUAAAAACUGCUAACAUUCCUGAAUGCAUUCUCUUUUUCUAUUUCAAUUUUUUACUUGAUAGAAUUAAGUUUAUUUUGCUGUCCAGCUUAAACACAUGAGGCCGACACUUUUGACAAGAUGGAAAUAACUAAAAAUAUUCAAUUUCUAAUUUGUUCACCAUAUUUGGGGGACCUAAACCUAAACUAUGGGUGGGGAGAAGCCCAUAUGAGGACAGUGCAGAAGUCUUCUGUCUUUGUAUUGUAUCAUCAUGGCCACCAUCUACCUAGUGCAGGGGGGAAAUGCAGUCAGGUGUGGCAUGGGUGUCGGCGUUAAGCUAGGAAAUUCAAGAAUUCUUCUUUGGUGUUGACAGCUUCAAUGCAAAUUCUUGACUGAAAAUGGAGUGGUGCCAUAAUGCAUUGCGUUUUCUGAGAAACUGGAUUAUGAACAUGUCAGUAGCUUGCUGCUGAUUGUGUAGAUCACAGUGCUACUGGUUUUCAAGCAAGCAUUCUUUAUUUCUGCAAUUUAAUGGUGCAUUUCAGCUCAUGUUUUAGUUGAUCAGUAUUUCCUCUUUAGGUUCUUAUUCAGAAAUUCAAAACUCUGAUAGAAUAUUUCUCAGGUUAGAACACCAAAGGAUUAUAUUGGCUUGUCUGUGACAGAGCUUCUUCUGAAACAUUUAGGUUUUGUUUUUUUGGUAACAUUCUUUGCUGCUGCAGGGAUAGUUCCUUUGAGCUUUUCUGUUUAAACAUUAACGUUUUCUUAUUUCAAUGCACUACUUGUGAAUCUACUUCCCUCCUUCUAAGGAUUUCGUAAAGACAAUGGGCACCAUAUUUAUGGUGCUGUUGCCUUCACAUGUGUAAUUGUGCAGCAACACCUUAGCACUAGACUAGAAUUUAAAAUGAUGUGCAUAUUGCUCAGCUUCCUGACAUACUGGAAGACCCGUUGAAAUUAAAGCUACCAACAAAACACAUGUUCCUACCAAGUUUCUGUGUUUCAAGUCAAACACCUUGCUUGCAGUGAAAACCUGUUCAUAUCUAAUCAGAAGUAAGUCCCAUUAGGCUCAGUGAGACUUAAUCCCAUUGUGGGAGGGGCGGGCUCUGGACACCUGCAUAAGACAAGUAGGUGUUUGGCUGGGCGCCCAGGAUUCUUCAAGUUCUUUGAAUACUGUUGCAGUCUUGCUUUGCUGUAGAUAGCGAAACUUGUAGCAAAAAAAAGAGAAGCUGCUAGGAAAAGCUGCUAGUGUAACACAAGCAUCAUACUCAUUAGAGUCAUUUGUUGCUUUAUGUCAAGUUGUUUGCUGUGUACAUUUUUUCUCUAAUACUCCAAUUACCUUUCUAGGCAGCCUGCUUCUGCGAAGUGGUAUGACCGAAGGGACUACGUCUUUAUUGAAUUUUGUGUUGAAGACAGUAAAGAUGUUAAUGUAAAUUUUGAGAAAUCCAAACUUUCGUUCAGGUAAGCAAAACACCCAACAGUUGACCAUGAACAGAGAUCACAUGCAUGUGUUUCAACUGGAUCCCAUUCUCGAGACAGUGUUAAUAUUUGUUUCUCAUUUUCCUACAGUUGUCUUGGAGGAAACGAUAACUUCAAGCAUUUAAAUGAAAUUGAUCUUUAUAAUUCAAUUGAUCCAAAUGUAAGUUGCUUUCAUAUAUCUAUGGCAUGCUUAAUUUUAGGGUGUAAAAAAGCACAGGACUUCACUUUGUUAGUAAGCCUAUAAGCAUAACCUGUAAAUAGGUGGUGGUGACUCUUGCUCCCGUUUAGUGUGCAGUUUGAUUACAAUGAAAUAGUUAAAAUAUUGUACUCAGUGUUUGAAACUCCCAUUGUUCUAGGCACAUUUUGUGAUGGGAUUUCAUUAAGGCGAGCAGUUUCUGAUUAAAACUGCAGAGUAGAAGGAAAUGUGGACCUUUUUCUGCCUCCCCACUUUCAUAUAUUAUCUGAAGAUUGGAGAAGAGACCCUCUUAGGGGGGGUAGGCAGGGAAAGUACUAGACCAUGUGAAAAAUGAACAUAAUAUUUUAGCUGCAGUUCAUUCAUUUUCAGGUUUGUAUUCUUGUUAUAAAAAAGUGUGCCUAGACAUUCCAUUGUUGAGCCCAUAACAUAGGUUUAAGGUGCCUCCUAGCUUUCAUAUCUCAGUUUCUAACACUGAUUGUACUGAAUCCUGUAAAAGCAUGUAGCCUCCUGGGAAAACUAAAGAUGAUGUAAUGUUUGAUUGUGUUGCACCUAGUAGACAAAUUACCAACUUAAUUAAGUUAUUAUUGAUUCCUCUAAUUCUUCGAUUAUGUAUGUAUGUGUUACUAAGUUCUCAAAAAGAAUUGGUAACUACCAUUAGGGAGUAGAGUAUGAAGCUCUGUUUCUGUCCAUUGCUGCUCAGCUUCUGUUGCUCUCAGUCUUCAAGGCAUUUAAUUGCAUCAUUACACAUGGCUCAGAGUCUUCCCUCUGCCUGCUUUGCCUAAUUACUUUUGGAGGAAACCGCAGUGGAAGCAUGAUGGCAAAGCUUACACAGUACUUGAGAUUUUAUGACCAUUUAAUAUUUGAUAUGCUUUGAUCGUUGAGGGUAGGGAUGCUUGACAAAUGUGGGGUGGUUAACUCCAACCAUUUUGACUACUGACACAUGUUAGUAGUCAAAAUGCAAGUAGAAGACAAAUUGCCACUGUAGUAACUGCAGGCUCCCUCAUGGCAGUGAAGUCUAGUUCUCAUAAACAUUAUGAUGAACCUGUUUCUCAAUUGUACCAUUUCUAUAGCUUCUCAAAAUAUUCAGUGUACCAAGAAAGCUGGGAUGUCAGCAAGAAGGCUAACGCAGCUUUUUGAGUGUUUUCUUAAUAUGAAGGUACACAGUUGUGUGAGCCCUCAUCUGUAGCCUUGUGUAAGAAUCGGGCACAUGCUUACUAUGUUAAAGGAACUUCUUUUCUUUUCAGGAAUCCAAGCAUAAAAGAACAGACAGGUCUGUCUUAUGUUGUUUACGAAAAGGAGAAUCUGGCCAGUCGUGGCCACGAUUAACGAAAGAGAGGGCAAAGGUAAAUCUUUAUUCAUGACAGUACUCUAACCUCAAUAUGGUGUAUCUCAAGUUUUUUAAUGUGCCCCUGUUCUAAAUGUGCUUUCUGAGGGCUCCAGCCUAGGACUAUUCAUUCUCCAUUUGAACAUACAGAGAUUCUCACAGGCAGUUACAAUGCACACUAAGACCUACUUUGUAUAAGUUCUGUGGUUUUGCGGCAUUUAUUUUACAUUAGACAGGGAAGAAUAGGUUAUCUCUGAAGAUCUCUCUCUCGUGUACCCAGAAACAUUCAAAGUAUAGUAGCAGACCACCUGGCUGCAGUUCCUCAGAUCAGGUUAGAAUGAAGUGAGCUGUUGCCUCCACUGAUUUAUUUGGGAUUGGUGAAGAUACUCUGCUGAGAGAUUGCCCAGUUCCUGGCUGGUAAUGAAUGCUCUCAUUCUGUGUAUAAUGCCCCAGAAACUUUGUGCCCUGUUCUAGAGUCUGAAAGCCUAGCCUAUAAACAAAUCACUAAAAUUAUGAUUUGCAAGUCAAAUUAUCUUGACUUUUUUGUGUAAUCCUCAUCCAGGAGUCAUAUUUUGAAACCAUUAGACUUAUUAUUAAUUCAUUAAAUUUGUAUACCACCCUAUACCCGCAAGUCUCAGGGUGCUUCACAACAUAAAAUCACAAUAUAAAAGCACAAAAUACAUAAUAAAAAAUAAAAUUAUAACCCCUGCAAGUAGAGGGUUAACUUGUAGAACAAAGUUAAGUAAUUUUCCCUAAUGAAUUAAAAUACUCAUUGGGUAGAACAAAAGUCAGAAGAAAUGUGUUACUUCAAUUGAGAGCUCUUAAAGCUCCUAUAGACUCCAUCCCAUCCCUAUUUGCCUAACUUGCCUGUGACCUUAUUUCUAUAUCCACAGCUCAAUUGGCUCAGUGUGGACUUUAACAACUGGAAAGACUGGGAAGAUGAUUCUGACGAAGAUUUGUCCAAUUUUGAUCGCUUUUCUGAAGUAAGUAGAACAUUCUGCGGUUGAUGACAUAGCUUAAAUUAUUGGGCAUUGAUCUUGAUCUCACCAAAGUUUUGAUAGUUAUUUUGGCUCCUUUUCAUAUAUACUAUCUUUACUUGCUUGAUCAAAACAAAAAACACGACUUUACUUAAUACUCCCUUGCGUCAUUUAGAUGAUGAACAACAUGGGUGGUGAUGAAGAUGUAGAUUUGCCAGAAGUAGAUGGAGCAGAUGAUGUGAGUAGCUUCCCUGUGAUUGGAACUUUCAGCCUCCUGCUUGAGGCUGAUGUCAAUACUUGAUGUAUAUUGACAUUUGUAUAGUGUCACUGUUUAGAAACUCUGGGUAGUAUUCAUUGAUGUGCUUCUGCUAAUGGAAGGACUUUCUGCUGCACACCCGAACUUCCCUUACCCACAGCUUCCUAAAUCCGCCCGGGGAAGGGGUGUCCCGCUAACCUCCAGAGCAAAUUUGGGUAGGUCAUGUUUUGCACAAAUACUGCCCUUUUUUGAAACUUGAGAAUAGAACUGGGCAGUAUACCAAUAUGUUGUCCAAAACAGGUUUAAAAGUCCAUAUUGUGAUAUCUGUUUCAUAAUUUUUGAACUGGUAAUAUAUUGCGAAUCGUGUGUGCACAUGCUAUGCAAAAAUCAUGAUGGGGGAAACCGUGAAGCCAGCCAAUGCCUCAACAUAGCUCCAUCCUUAUUUCAGACAUCGUGAUAAUAUCGGUAUAUUGUGGUCUUUAGCUGGUAAUACGUUGCAGUGUUGAAAACCAGGUAUCGCCCAUCCUUACUUGAGAGUUUAUUCCUGUAUCCAAACUCUACUUAAUAUGCUCAUUUGGUAGGAGACUUAUCUGCAUCUAAAAUGUGAUAUGCACAGUUGCAUAUAAACUUUGAGUCCAAAUUUUCUUGGUGUUAAUGUAUAAAGUAGGCUUAACUCCAUAUCAAAAUAUAUCUAACCUUUGUUCUCAGCAUCAGUGAUGGAGGAAGCCGCUUGAGCGCCUGGGGCAGCACACCCAGAGGUGGGGCGAGCCACCCAUAGGGGUGGGGCACACCAUGGGGCCUCCGGAGUCUGCCUGCCUCCUCCCACUCAGCUGCCCUACAGCUAGGGGGGAGGCAGCAGGCGGACCGUUUUGGGCAGCGCAGAGUCUGCGUGCGCCCAAGCCACGACGUCUCUCCCAGGAGAGACGCGUGGCUUGGGCACACUGCAGGCCCCAUGGUGAGUGCCACCCGGCAUUUUGUCACCCUCCUCAGUGGUGAUACCCUGGGUGGCUCAUACCCACCGCACCCCCCUUCCUCCACCCCUGCUCAGCAUAAUAAUUCCAGAUAUGUAGAUACUUGCCUGUAGAGGUCCACAAAGUAAUUUUGCAAAUAUUGUGCUAUGGCUUGCUUUCGUAGCUGGCUUUAAUUGCUAAUCAUCUGUUCUUCUGUCCUAGGAUUCACCAGACAGCGAUGAUGAAAGUAAGUUGACUAUUGUUCUGUGUUUACUUACCAUAUACAUCCAAAAGAGUUAGACAAAACUCUUGGCACUUCUCAUGAAUAUUUACUAAGUUGUGCCUCCUACACCUCAUUAACAUUUGCCUGACAAAGAUUGCCGCGGGCCUCCUAUCCUGCUAUGCUACUUGGGUGGUGGAGAAUGGAAGAAUAUUCUCCCUCAAGGUGACUUUACCCUGGGAAAAACUUGCUUUGCACUUGCAUCAAAAGAGGGUGGGGUAGAAAAGCUCUUGAUGGAUGGCAGGGCAUAGAUUGAACUAUUCUGCCUACACUUUUGUUUCUAGAGUGGAGCUGGUCAUGUUAAAUUCUGUACAGUGGUGCCCCGCAAGACGAAUGCCUCGCAAGACGGAAAACCCGCUAGACGAAAGGGUUUUCCGUUUUUGAGUUGCUUCGCAGGACGAAUUUCCCUAUGGGCUUGCUUCGCAAGACGAAAAUGUCUUGCGAGUCUAGAGAUUUUUUUUUCGCUUUCCCCCCCCUUUAUCUAAUCUGCUAAGCCUUUAAUAGCCUUUAAUAGCCUUUUAGCAGCUAAUCCCCUAAGCCUUUAAGCCUUUAAUAGCCGCUAAACCGCUAAUAGCGCUAAUCCGUUAAGCCGCUAAUAGGGUUGCUUCGCAAGACGAAAAAACCGCUAGACGAAGACUCUCGCGGAACGGAUUAAUUUCGUCUUGCGAGGCACCACUGUAUUAGUAAUUGAAGGGCUUUCUUCUGCAUUCUUGUAACUCAUGCGUGACUGGGCACACAGGAGAAGUACCUACAUAAUUUUAUUUGUAUGCCACCUUUCCGCAGUUCAGACCAUGCUCAAGCUGGCUUACAAAAUGAAGAAAAUACUUAACUACAACUUAAAGUAGUCGAAACCAAUAAAUUAAGCACAACAAAAUCUAAAACGAAAGACCAAUAACCCCCCCCUCAAAAUACUGCAGCCCAAGAGUCUGUUCAGCAGCCUCAGCUUUUGUAGCUGCAAUCAAUCAGGGCCUCACCCUCCCAAGCCAGAUGGAAAAAGACCUGCAAGGCAGGGAGCAGGUCUUCCAGGACUUAAAGCCAAGAUGCUAACUUGCUCCCAGAUCUCCAGCAUCAAGAUGGAAGAGAAAUUGUAAACAUGUUCAAGUUUACCACUGCAGUCCUUUUGAGGCAUGCUUCUGUGAAUGCACAAUCUCCACUUCAUUUUUCCCUGUGAUUACAACCAUUAUGAAUUUUUCAUAUACACUAUACUCUCAAGGUGCUGCGAGUUGCAGCUACCUAGAAUAACUUGGUGUAAGAGGCAUAAGAGAGUAAUCUUUCAGAAUUGGCCAGAAUAAUGGUUUGUAACACCACUCAGGGACGUCGUAAGCAUUAGCCUGGCUGUUUAGAUGGCCUGUGCUUGGGUUCACAACAACACCCCCCUCCCCCAAAAAAUCUGGCAGGUAGGGAAUAAACAUUUUUCAUUUCCACUGUGAUAGAGAAAAUGUGUGAAAAGUAGGAGAGGCUUUGGUUAGCUUACCCAGACAUCUGUGUGCUCAGGGGAGAGGCUGUGUACUGCUGGACAUACUUCUUACCAGAAGUAGUAGCAUUGGGUACAUGGCUCUGUGGCUAUUGAUGUAUUUUUGUCACAGUAACUCUAGUGGGGCAUAUUACUCACAUCUUUGAAGGUGAGACUGUUCUUCAAAAUUGUUAAAGCUAACAAUAACUUACUGCAGACUUCCUCAGCUGCUAUCCUCUCAGUGUUUUGGACUACAACUCAUCAAUGACUAUGGUGAUGAGAGCCUGUAGCCCAAAACAUGUAGAAGGCACCAGAUGUUGGUGAAAGCUGUUUCAGUGCAUUAAUUCUAGUGCUGUUGCCAUACAGUAUUCAAUGUUUGUUUUGUUUUAUUUCAGAAAUGCCAGACCUGGAGUAA